GCGUGGUUAUAUAAGCAGGCGCCGGCAGGCAGCUGCAGUCAGUGGUCGCUCGGCUCUUGGGAUCUGUAUGUUCUGGAGAGAGUUCUGCGAACCCCGAGAUCUAGUGGAUCUGUACUGAGCGGAGACAGGGCAGCAGCGGGCAGGACCAGGGAUGGUGAAUAACCGGACGUCCGAAGCUACCACCACGGCGGUCAGCAGCAACAGCUCCCCCCCCAAGGCCUGCGCAGGCUGCGGGGGCAAGAUCGCGGACCGCUUCCUCCUGUACUCCAUGGAGCGGUACUGGCACACCCGCUGCCUCAAGUGUUCCUGCUGCCAGGCUCAGCUGGGGGAGAUUGGCACCUCGUGUUACACCAAGAGCGGCAUGAUCCUGUGCCGGAACGACUACAUCCGGUUAUUUGGGAGCAGCGGGGCGUGCAGUGCGUGCGGACAGUCCAUCCCGGCCAGCGAAAUGGUGAUGCGGGCACAGGGCAGCGUGUAUCAUCUUAAGUGCUUCACAUGUGCCACAUGCAGAAACAGAUUGGUACCAGGAGACAGGUUCCACUACGUCAACGGCACCAUCUUCUGCGAACACGAUCGGCCCUCCGGUCUUCUUAACGGACACUUAAAUCCUCUUCAGAAUAACCCCCUUCAGAGUAGCCCAAUGCUACCUGACCAGAAAGUUUGUUAGUGACUAGAGCUUCGUAUCCUCCGUGCCUUCUGUUAAUAUUUCCUUGGAGACACAUUGUUGGCAUAUAGAAAUCUCUAUAGAUAUAUAAAUAUAUAUAUAUAUUAUAUACGCCUCUUCAAGUUUCGCUUGUCUUCGUCCGGUGUUCACACACGCCCGGCUUCGUUCAAGGCGGCUGCGCCAAACCUGAGGAGGACUAAGAACUUGUAAAUGACUUGUAAAAAGAGAAUUAUUUUGCGCAGUAACGGCCCCGAAGACGACUUUUUCUUCAACUUUUUGGACUUGGGUGAACGUUAAAGGCAGUUCUUCAAUAUGUAUAUAGGACCUGUAAAUCUUCAUGACAUCACUGAUGACAUCACACACAACACUGACCAAUUGGGAAGCGGCUGGGAAGCCACCACGUUGAAAGUCGCUGAACUGUGCACUUCAAGGACACAUCACUGGAUGGGGUUUAAUGAAGGGGGGUAUUGGUGGGGAGUUGAGUUUGUGUGGUAUUGCCCAAAGGAAGCUGUCGGCGUGAGGUACCCAAAAGAUUGAUCAAAAAUGGUUGCUAUUGUGGUCCACAUUCAACAAUGUAGAGCCCAGGUCCUGGCACCUCCCUCCACAACCCCUUAAACUCCAUUCACUUCAGUCACAAGAUAUGUCUGCCUGACCGCUCUCCAAAAGAACCUCGGGGGUUGGCAUUUAGGACUGUACCACCGUACGCACUGUAUUGGGCAGAGCUAUGUAGCGCUCCUUGACAGGGUUGCUAAACCUUAAGGGCACCCUGUGUUUUCAAUAAGAGUCCCCUUACCCUCCGACAUACACUCACUUGCCUUUGCUUCCUCACCCUGUACAGCACUGCGCACUCUGUUGGCACUCUGAAUAUUUUUGUACCCUCAAGUUUGUUUUAUUUAUGGUGUUUAUGGAACUUUUUGUUGAAUGCUGCAUCGGGGGAAGGUGCGUCCGGGAACUCCGGACAAAUAAAAGUGCAUAGAUGGGAUUAAUUAGGCCUCUGUCUUUUAUCUGGGGUGGGGGGAUAUAAUGGUUUUCUGUGUUAGAGUGGGGAUCUCCUCCUUUAGUUUAGUCGUGCCAGGUUGAAAACCCCCCUACAGGUUGGUUCAGCCCGAUUUACUUCACGCCCCUGCUUAACUGAUAACCAAGAAGGAUUUAAAAAAUUAUUUUAUUUUUAUUUUUUUCAUCCUUUUGGAUUUUGGGUUGACUCCCUAGAGUUGGAAGUAUCGUAUUUGUCAGCGUACGUCGUCUAGUGAUAUAUAUUGCGGUUAUAUAAAAUAUUUUGGAUGACUGCAGAUCUCUGAACUAUAACUCUGGCUGUCAGUUCUGUGGCCUUGCACUGAAUGUACCGCAGCCUACCCUGUCUGUGCUGGAUUUAAAAGGGGUCCUCUGGGUGGUUCUUUAUAAAUAAAGUUUAUUGAAGCAGUCCCUGUCAUGUGAUACGUGCAUUGAUUUAAUCCGUACAACCCGUCCAGGACCACCUGUGCUCACAGCAGCUCCACCCCAGUAGCCAUAGUUCCCAAAAAAUCUCUUCACUUACGGAUCAUACGGAUCUUAUGCUUUAGAAACCCGGAGAACCCCUUUAAAACCAGGUUCACACCUAUCUGCUUUAUAACCCCUGUGGUCUUUUUGAAAUUUUAAUUUCCUGGCACACUCUUCUUUUCAAAAAUAAUAAUAAAAUAAUAUAUAUAUUUUUUUUAAAUAUCAGUAUGGUAUCCCUAUAUUCUCUACCGCCAGAUCCACCCCCGCCUACCGCCAUUUCCCCAAGGUCUAAUGUAUAUGCAAAGCUAAAGUAUUAAUAAUUCACCGCACUUGGUGUCGUGCGUUUCAACAGGGAGAUUCCACUUUGUGUUUUCGUGUCCUGGGGCAAGAAACCGUUUUGUAACGCAAGAUUUUUGAACCUGAUAUUGAAUAAUAAAAAAAUAAUUGGUUUCCACUGUAA